AAAAAAACAAGUACAAGAACAAUGAAGUCCUCUUACGGUUCUUUCUCUGAUGAUCUCCACGGUUUGGUCAGUGAGAUCAAGAAAGAAAUACAGUUGUCCAACAUUAAUCUUGAUCCUUACUCAUUUGUCUCUCCUUCCGCCUACGACACGGCUUGGUUAUCCAUGAUCGAAGAAGACAACAACGUAGGUGAUGAUGAGCUUAAACCGAUGUUCCAAGAUUGUCUAGACUGGAUUAUGUGCAAUCAAAACUCAAGAGAAGGUUUCUGGGGAAACUCCGGUGGUUAUACUCAAAUGGCUGAUGCCGAAGCCGAAGACGGCGAAGAUGACAUGUACAUUCUCACCUCUACUCUUGCUUGUGUUGUAGCACUUCACAAAUGGAAUAUUGGGUAUUUUCAUCUCCAGAAAGGUGCGUUUAUGGGGUAUUGUGUUGUUGGCAACAGACUGCAUAGUUCAUAUAGCGACAAAGUAAUUUAUCUUGCUGCAAGAAAUUUCGAGUUUCAACAAGCCAAAUAUCGACGCGAGCUGGAGGAAUUGACAAUGUGGGUAAAGAAAUGGGGACUUAGUGAUAUUGGUUUCGGUAGAGAGAAGACAACAUAUUGUUACUUUGCAACUGUCACUUCGUUGCCCUAUGAAUAUGCCAUCAAACUUGGUAAGCUUACAGCAAAGAGUGCCAUCCUCAUCACAGUUGCCGAUGAUUUCUUUGAUGAAGAAGGUUCUUUCAAAGAUUUGGAAGCUCUAACGAAAGCAGUCUUAAGAUGGGAAGGAAAUGAGCUUAAAGGUUACGGCAAGAUCAUUUUUAAAGCACUUGAUGAUAUUGUAAGUGAAACUGCAGAUACUUGUCGUAAGCAUCACGGAACCGACAUAAUCGUCCAUCUUCGCAACAUCUGGGGUGAAACAUUUGAGUCAUGGCUACGUGAAGCUGAAUGGAGUAAGAAGGGACACACACCUCCCAUGGAAGAAUAUAUUCGAAACGGAAUGAUCUCAAUCGCAGCACACACCGUUGCUCUUUCCAUAUCAUAUAUCGUAGAUCCUUGUUUUUCCCAAGACAAACUCAAACCCGGGAAUUACGAUAAUAUGACAACAUUGCUCAUGAUCAUACCUCGACUCUUAAAUGAUCUACAAAGUUAUCAGAAGGAACGAGAACAAGGGAAGAUCAAUUCCGUGCUGCUCCACUUGAAGAAUCAUCCAGACCUCGAGAUUGAGGAUUCGAUCGCUCAUAUCGAAAAGAUAAUCGAUUCGAAAAGGAAAGAGUUACUGGAGCAUGUACUAGUAGAUGGACUAAGUGAUUUACCAAAACCAUGCAAAGAGAUUCACCUGUCUUGUUGUAAAGUCUUCGAGAUGUUUUUUAACAAGAAGAACAUAAUCGAUUCGAAAAGGAAAGAGUUACUGGAGCAUGUACUAGUAGAUGGACUAAGUGAUUUACCAAAACCAUGCAAAGAGAUUCACCUGUCUUGUUGUAAAGUCUUCGAGAUGUUUUUUAACAAGAAGAACCGUUAUGAUUCGGACACGGAGAUGCUUCAAGAUAUCAAGAAGGCUCUCUACGAUCCUGUGAAUGUUUAUGAACAAUCAGAGAUCGAGCCUUUGCCACUGUCACAUGGUGAUGACUUUAUGAUUCUUCCUUUGCUUUUGAACAGCAUGCCAAAUAUUCUUGAAUUAAAGAGGAAGGACGAAUACGGAGCAAUGAAGACAUCUAUGUGCUUGAGAAGAAGUUAUCGUGUUCAAAAACGCUUUAUGGUCUCACAGCUUGAUGAUCAUCGUAAGCCUCUCAAGAUUGUCGCCUCGCAGCGGAAUCCGACACCAAUGAUCCAACCAAUAUUCUCACCAUGCUUCUACUAA